GCGCUUCCGCUUCCACGCGCGCCUGGCGCCGUCUGUGCGUCACUGUCAUCCCCGUCAGCCCGGGCAGUGAUGGCGGAGGCGGACGAGAGCGACAUGAUGAUGAACUACCACGGUGACUUCUUGAAAAGCGACAGAAAAAACAGCCGCUACCCCUACUGCAUUGUCUGGACUCCUAUUCCUAUUUUGUCGUGGGUGCUCCCCUUCAUUGGUCACAUGGGUAUAUGCACCUCUGCUGGAGUCAUACGAGAUUUUGCAGGAUCAUAUUUCGUCUCGGAGGACAACAUGGGCUUUGGUAGACCAACAAAGUAUUGGAAGCUUGAUGUUGACAAAGUCUGUGGUAACGGAGCUGCGACAUGGGACAAAGCAGUGCACGAUGCGUCUGAGGAAUACAAAUGCAGGCCGCACAAUCUGUGCUUUGAUAACUGCCAUUCCCACGUUGCCAUGGCCCUCAACCUCAUGCGCUACGACAACAGCACGUCCUGGAACAUGGUGAACCUGUGUGUGCUGUCUCUCGUUUAUGGAAAACAUGUGAGCUGGGCAGCGUUCCUCAAGACCUGGCUACCUUUCGUCAUGCUGUGUGGAGUCCUCGGCACCUUCAUCCUCACAUUCAACCUACAGUAAUGGAGCGAGCAGCAGCUAGCAACACUGGGAUUGACGCAUAGACUUUGGUUGUACUGCAUACAUUGACGUGAAUGAUGUGUUUUGACGGUGCAUUUGUUAGUACAAAAAACACCAAAUGAAGGAUUUUGUUGUUGAUCUAGUCUCUGGGAGGGUAACUGAGGGCAAAACCUAGUUGUUUGUGGGUAGUUUCUUUUUUGUUAUUUGUGUAUUUAUCAAAUAUUAAGAUGUGUAUAAGCUACAAAAGAUCUCUUCAAAAUGUACCAUCACUGUUUUUCACAUUGUGGGCUCUGCGUUUUUUUGUUUUGUUUUGUUUUUGUUUAUCUUAAUAGGAGGAUUAUGAAGGAAGAUUACACUACAGUAGAGCAAUGCUGGCUUAGAUCCCAGUGAUGUAUAUUUCAUGGAAGGCAAUGAUGAAUGUGUUUCCAGACUGGCUAAUGCACAUUUUGAUGAUGAAUGGCUAGAAAAUGGAUCCACGAAACCUUAAUGCUGAAAUGUAUUCAUCAAUUAUUUGUCUAAGAGAUAUAAGCCACUACCAAAGAUAGAAUGAUGUAGGACCCACAUGUGAGAAAUAGUGAUAUUGUCCCGUGAAAAAAAGCUCUCCUCCCUUCAA